UCUUCUGUUUCCAGUGAUCAACGGGUUUUGGGAGGAGUCUCCCCGGUGGGAAAGCCGUGCCUCACCGGAGCCGCGUCUCCUUCCUCAUUCAGCGCGCUGAUGUGUGCUCGAUGUGGCUCCGGAGGUCCACACCCCGCGUAGAGAAGCAAUUAGCCGGGCCUGGAGUCCCUGAGGCCUCGCGUCGCCUGUCCUCGCUAGUUGACAGCGGAGGGCGCACACCGGGGCUUUGGGUGGAGUUGAGGCCCGAUCCGAGGAAUACGGAAGGAGACGCGCAUCGGCGGCUUCACAGAGAAGCGCGAGACCCGUCGGCACAGAGAGGAGACGAGUACUGCAGCAAAGUGUGGAGGAACAAAGUCCUCCUCACUUAAUUCUUCUCACCUGAGGCCUGACCUUUGACCCCAACCCUCUCUCCAACCAUGGCACACCGAUCUCAGAGUUCAUCGGUGGGCGAUAACCCCCUCGACCCAAACUACCUGGUCCCUCAUUACCGCGAGGAGUACCGCCUAGCUAUUGAUGCUCUGAUAGAAAGUGACAAACAGGGUUACUUUGAGUUCCUCCAGAAUGCAGAAGUGUUCAGUUUCCUGUCACAGGGAGAAAUAGAAUUUAUCAAGUCCACAAUCCAGAUGCCCAACCAGACCUCCGAUGAUCCAGAGCUGACAUGCCACGAGGGAAGCCAGCCGGCUGAUGGCUCUUCUGAUACUUACUGGCCCAUGCAGUCUGAACUAGAUGCCCCGGGGCUGGACAUGGGCUGGCCAGUGCCGCAGCCAGGCUUCAUGGGGCCCACGGAGGUCACCACUCUAGUCAACCCCUCUGACCCAGACAUGCCCAGCAUCAAGGAGCAGGCCAGGAGACUCAUUAAGAAUGCACGCCAAGUUAUUGCCGUGGUGAUGGACACGUUCACAGAUGUUGACAUUUUUUCAGAUCUCCUGGACGCGGCAGCUCGCCACAUUGCAGUUUACAUUCUACUGGAUGAGCAGGAAGCCCAUAACUUUGUUUCUAUGGUGGAAAACUGCAAAGUCAACUUGGAUAUGCAUCCUAUGGUGCGGGUCAGGACUGUGGCAGGGGUAACCUAUUACUCCCGUACGGGGAAAUCAUUUAAGGGGCAGGUGAAGGAUCGUUUCUUACUGGCUGACUGCAAAGCUGUACUCAGUGGCAACUACAGUUUCAUGUGGUCUUUUGAGAAGAUCCACCGCUGCAUCGCCCACCUCUUCCUCGGGGAGCUAGUUGCCACCUUUGAUGAAGAGUUUCGCAUUCUCUUUGCUCAGUCCGAGCCUUUAGUCAUUGACCCAUCCAAAGCAGCACUCGCUCUCUCUGACAGCAGCAGCACCAGCAGUUACUUGGGGAACCAGUUCAGCCUGAAGAGGACCCAGUCUUUACUUAACCCCAUGUCUUUCCGCAGGCAGCCCGAGGUUUCCCCUGCCUUCCCCUAUGGAGACUCUGAUCGUAACCUGGCACUUCCUUUCCGAAGGAACGAUCCAUUCCGUCAAACCGUCGAACCUGUGACGUCAACUUUAAUUGGAAAAUAUUCCCAGCAACAGUUUCGUCCGCAGCAGUCAUACCUGGACCAGGGGAGAUCCAUAGUUUCCCGGCAAAUGGAUUUGAAUUCCUCCGCCAGCAAGAGGCACAGCUAUGCAGAGGGAACCCAGGAAAACUACUCCUCUUCAAGGCAAUACAUGAAGAACAGAGUCAUGAAUGAUCUGGAUGAGACAGAUGUUCAAAGGGAGCAGACCCAAAGUACAUAUUACCUCAACGAAGGGCCUGGGCCGGGAUCUAGCCAUGGACACUACGACAGACUUCGAGGUCGUCCUUCACAACUCUACAUUGACCAGCAUUCAGAUUCAAACUAUCGCUCAGAUCCGGAGCCUCCACCAGGAAAGUUUACCCGAAGCUACUUUUCAACUGAGGACUUGAGAGGACCGCAGGUACCUCCGUUAGCUGGGCGGUAUGGAGGAGAUUUCACCAAUAAAAGGCCGACCAUAGGUCAGCCGUAUGCCUGCCAGACUUCACCCACACAGCUCCACCCACCAGAGAAGAAACAAAACAAACACACAAAGAAGCCAUCUGAUCAAGAGCCGGAUGAAGAGGAAGCUGCCAGGGAAGGCCUGAGGAGUUGGAGGAUCCAAUCCUAUCUCAACACUUAUGAUGAGAGUGGAGAAGAAGGUCUGGCUCAACCUUUGGGGCCUGAUGCAUUUGAAGAUCUUCCACCGUCUCAGCAGCCGAGUGCCACUGAACAAUCAGCCGCCCGCUUUGGAACAAAUGAGCCACCGAAUGUUACCCCCAAACCCAGACCAGAUAUCAUGAGACCGCGGUAUGGAAAGCCUAUCUUAAAUGAGGGCAACAGUAACGAUUCUGACCCAAAAACAACAGCCAAGGAUCCGCUUCCAGUCAGUGACGUAAAGCCCUUUGCACUGGAGCAAAAAGCCAGGGAGGCUGAGAUGGAAAGGGAGAGAAUCUCAGAGAGGGUUGCAGCAAGGGAGGUGGAUGUAGAUACGGAGAUGAAGGAGAAUACAGAUAUCUUCCUGUCCAAACAUGAAUCAUUCCAUUCACGUAUUAACCCCCUCCUUCAGCGUACCUCUCGCCUGCGUUCCUCGCUUAUAUUCUCAUCUUCCAAAGGAGAGAUGCACAGCGGUAGCCUCGGCCUAAAACCAUCAACCGACCAAGACGAGGAGUUAGACACGGUGCGCACGUCCUCGAUUGUGGCCCAGAUCCUGGAGAAGAGAAGGUCCCUGUCUCGUGAGCCUUUCGAGUGGAGAAAGAAGGCUGAGGAGAAAGCGAAAGAGAAAGAAUGGGAGAAAGAGAUGGAGAAAGAAAGGGAGAAGCAGAGAGAAAGAGAGAGAGAGCUACAGCAGAAGGAAAGGGAGGUUCGAAUGAAAGAAGAGAUGAAAGAAAGAGAGAGAGAGCAACAGCAAAAGGAUAAUGAGAUUCGAAUGAAAGAAGAGAUGAAAGAAAGAGAGAGAGAGCAACAGCAGAAGGAAAGGGAGAUUCGAAUGAAAGAAGAGAUGAAAGAAAGAGAGAGAGAGCAACAGCAGAAGGAAAGGGAGAUUCGAAUGAAAGAAGAGAUGAAAGAAAGAGAGAGAGAGCAACAGCAGAAGGAAAAUGAGAUUCGAAUGAAAGAAGAGAUGAAAGAAAAAGAGAGAGAGCGACAGCAGAAGGAAAGGGAGAUUCGAAUGAAAGAUGAGAUGAACGCAAAAGAGGAACCUCCGAAAACCGACGAAGAGGUAAAGAAGAGACCAACUGCUGAGCAAUCGGAAGACGUGAACAUGAAUGACCCAUCCAACCGACUGCAGUACUUCAAAGACCUGGAAGCCAAGAGAAAUGGCUCAACCAUGGAGACAGAGUCAUCUCUAAAGGCUCCAGAGCCUGCUGAGAAAAAGCCAGACCGCUUUGAUUAUCAUCCCCAAAGCUCUACAAUCACUCCAAAGAUCCCAUCGGUCUCUGUUAGUUCAGCAGAACCUGAACCAAAGAAGACAGACAUCUCUUCAAAGCUGGCCGAGUUAACUCGUAGAUCUUCAUUUAGUUCCUCAAAACCACCCGUGAACUUCGCCAAGCCUCCUCUGAGACACGUUGAGGCCUCUCCACCUCGUAAAGAGGAAAGUACAUCUGAGAGUCAAAUAAAGGAUCUUUUCAAGUCUCUGAAGCCCCUCGCUUCUCCGAAGAUCUUCAGGAGAGAUCCGGUGAAGUUCAAAGGACUGAAUCCUCGCCGCGUCUCUUCUGGCGAGGACACUCUGACCACAGAUGCUACAGAUGCAGAGAAGAGUGAACACAAAAAGAGUCGCUCUUACAGUUCUUCAACUCUUACACAUGAAUUCAGGGACGGACUGCACAAGGGUUUGGGAUCUACUUCGUCCAUCAACACACUCGGUGAGAGCAGGGGCGAGGGUAAGACACUUGACUUUUUAAAGAAGCAGACUCAGAGGCUAAAGGGAUUCCUGGGGCCCAAGGAUAAAGAGAAGAAGUCUUGCGGAGAUGAUCGGGGCAUGAGCACGGUCCGAGAGUUCACUGAAGAUUCAAGCAGAAAGCACAGUUUUUCAUUUCGAGAUAAAGGAUCUACCACGCCAGACCAAGCUACAGGCUAUCCCAAGACGUCAACCAGCAUGUCGGGCCCAUCUCGAUACCAGAACCCGGGCAGCUCUGCUCUCUACAGCAGCAACCUACGAGAUGACACCAAGGUCAUUCUGGAGCAGAUCUCAGCCAACAGCCAGAAGAACCGACUGGAGCGAGAAGAGACCGGAGGCGACAGAGAUGGCGGGGCGAAGGGACUGGAGAGACAGAACUCCAUCAAGAGUCGAUUUCUGCAUCCGCAGACCUACGUCCAGGAGCGGGAGGGAUUACUGAAGAGGAUAGAGAGUUUGAGGAAGGAGAAGAAGGUCUACAGCCGCUUUGAGAUGGGGAAUAACUUGGGAUAACGGAAGAUGGAGGAGCCACCUUUUUAUAUGGAAACUGUUUAUGCAAGAUGAUCAAAAAGACCCAUUGACCAAAUGUGACAGCGCCGCUCUCAAAGUACCUCUGUGGCUCAACUCUGCAGCCUUUACUGGAUGUUCUCACAAAGUUAUAAAACUUGAAAGACAAUAUAUGAACAUGCUGAAAACAAAAUAAAGUAAUUGGGUCUGGAAUGUGCCUUUGUGCCAAGACCCGGUACUACUUUGACCAUGUAUGGUUACUGAGAGAAAGAACUGUGACUCCGUGUAUCCUGGCUGCACGGGUUAAUGUUCCACCAAACAGAAAAAGGUAGGGCAACACACCUAAAACUGAACUUGUAUGAACGUGAAUGAGGGAGUUGAAGAGGCUUAAAGUAAGACGGUACAUGCUGCACCUGAGGGAGAGAAAACAGAUUCAUGCCAGUUUAAAAACUUGUGAUAUAACGCUGCAUGUGUACGAUGUGUGUGUGUGUGAGAGAGAGAAUGUGAGUGUGUGAGAGUGUGUGUGUGUGAAAGUGUUUGUGAGUAAGUGUGUAUGUGAGAGUGUGUAUGUGAGUGUAUGUGAGAGAGUGUGUGUGAGUGUGUGCGUGUGUGUGCGUGUGUGUGUGGUGUCCUUGUGGAUUCGCUGUGUGCCGAUGGUCCGCCAAGGGCAUUAUUGAAGCUUGGACAAUUAUUAACCCAGAGAUGAGAGAAUGAAGAGGAAUAAAAUGAGAUGAAGGUUGAUAAAGGCAGAUAUGUGAGAUUCUAGAGAAUGAAAAAAACCCCCAGUGAAACAAAACCGUUAACGUCCAAUUCUAAUGACGAGGUGGAGUUUUGAUGCAGAGGGUCGUAAACCUUUCCAUCAAGGCGUGGACCCACUUCUCAGGGUUGAAGAUGUUAAGUAACUAUUAAGAGAGACGUUCAUGGCUCGAGGAGGCGGGUUAAACAUGUAAGUGUGAUCGCUCAUGUCUUUUGUAAUGUAAAUAAAAAACGUAAAGCACU